AUGAAAAAGGUUUGCCCAGUGUUAAGCCGAGAAAGCGACGAGUUGAUGUUUUUGUGCGUUAAUCCGACUGGAACGUGUAAUACGCUGAAAGAGAAAUUGGAAGAAAUUUGCCAGCCUUUAAAAGAAGAGCUUAAAGGUGACAAAUUAGAGGAAAAGUGCUAUGAAAGACUUGAGAAAUGUCAUUUUUAUGGAGAAGCAUGUGAUGGUUCAAAGUGUAAGGUGUAUGAGGAGCAAUGCGAGAAAAAUGGAGUCAUAUAUAAAGCGCCAGGAUCUGAUUUUAGUCCGGUGAAACCGAGGGUGUCGUUGUUGACAAUGAUUGGGUUGGAAGAUGUCUAUAAAAAAGCUGAAAAAGAUGGAAUUAUUAUUGGAAAAGUAGGCGUGGAUCUACCAAGAAGGUUUGGUGAUGAUUUUCUGCAAGAUCUCUUGCUAGUGUUGAGCGAAGAUGAGGAUAAUAUGGAUGUAGCAAGUAAAUGCACCGAAGCGUUAAAAAAAUGUAAUGAUUUUGAGCAUUUGGAUCAUAAUUUUAAAGAGUUAUGUAAAAAUGAAACUACUAAAACCGAAAAAUGCAAAAAAUUACUAGAUGUAAAAGAAAGAUGUACAAAACUCAAAUUAAAUCUUCAUGUGAAAGGGUUGUCUACAAAAUAUGAUAAUGUAAAAUCAGAACUUUUAUUGUGGGGACAGCUGCCAACAUUAUUUACGAAGGGAGAGUGUGCAGAACUUGAGUCGGAAUGUUUCUAUUUAGAAAAUGCGUGUACGAAUAAUAUUGACGGAGCAUGUCAAAAUGUACGAGCAGCGUGCUAUAAAAAAGGACAAUAUAGGGUCUUGAAUACACUCUUUCGAGAGGGGUUGAAAGGAAAGCUUGGUUAUAUAAGAUAUUAUAACAAUCCUGAAGAAUGCCAAAAAUUUGUGGUAGAAGAGUGUACAAAACUUGAUAAAAAAUACCUUCCAAAGUGUCUUUACCCUAAAGAACUAUGUUAUCUGCUUUCAGAUGAUAUUUUUCUUCAAUCCAAAGAGUUAGGUGUGCUUUUGGAUGAUCAAAGGGAUUUUCCAUUAGAAAAGGACUGUAUUAAAUUGAAAGAGGAUUGUGAAGGUGUUUUGAAAGAUUUAGGUUUAAAUAAUGGGAAAUGCGUUACAUUGAAAGAGCGAUGUGAAUAUUUUAAAGUUACAAAAGAACUGAAAUAUGCGUUUUUGAAAGAAAAAAGUGAUGCAUUAGCGGAUAAUGAAAAAUGCAUGAAAGCUUUGAAGGAGAAAUGUGAUAAAUUAUUUAGAAGGAGAAAGAAUAUAUAUAAUGUUUCAUGUGCUUUACCAGAGGAAACAUGUAAAUUUAUGGUUUCAGAAGCUAAGAAUCAUUGCAAUAUUUUUAAAAAGAACCUGGAAAAACAUGAAAUUGUGAAUAAAACUAAAGAUUUAAAUGAAACAUUGGUUGAAGAAACCUGCGUACUAUGGGAUCCAUAUUGUGAUCAACUUAUGGAGAAUUGUCCAGAGACAUUAAAAAAUAAUUCCAGUAGCGCUGAUGGGAAAGGAGUCUGUUUACAACUGAAAGAGAACUGUGAGCCAUUCUGGAAGAAAAAACAAUUGGAGGAUGGGCUGACUCAUGAGUUGAAAGGCAGUUUAAACAAGAAAGAUGAAUGUAAAGUAGCAUUAGGAGAGCGUUGCGCUAGGUGGAAAGAUGCAUCAAAUCAAACAUUCAAUGAUCUGCUUGGUAAUUGUAAUGAUACUACCAAGGAAGAUGUUUGCAAAAAAUUAGUUGAAAAAGUAAAAAAGAAAUGUCUUACUUUAAAAAUCGAUUUGGAUAAAGCGAAAAAAGAGUUGAAUGAUAAGAAAGAUGAAUACGAAAAGGCCAAACAGGUGGCAAAAGAAUCUAGGAAGAAAGCUAACUUAUUGCUAUCGAUACCUCGACAAACUGUAACGCCAAGUGCGCAGAAUAGCAGUGGUUCUGUACCAGCACAGCCACCACUAGCACCUCCAGCAGCACCAGCAGCAGGGCCACCUUCAUCGCCAGAAUCAUCUUCUACAUCAAGUGGAACACCAAGCAGUGGAAUGACGAACAAUGCAAAACUUGGACUCGUUAAAAGAGCAUAUGUAGCUGUAGAAGUAUCAGAAGCAGAGGUAAAAGCAUUUGAUGACACGGCAAUAGCAAUGGAGUUGUAUUUGGAAUUGAAAGAGGAAUGUAAAGCUUUAGAACUAGAUUGCGGUUUUAGAAAGGAAUGUGAGGAAUCUAAACAAGUUUGCGGAGAAAUAGACACGUUAUGCAAAGGAAUAAAACCAUUAGAAGUUACGCCUUAUCAUACAGAGACAAUAAUAAAAGAAACCAUGACAGUUACGAUGACGGAAACAAAGACCAUUGACAAGGCUGAUGUGAAGACCGUUGAGAAGACUGUUACGGUAACCGAGUCAGUAGGUGGAGGAAAAGUAACAGAACAGUGUACAUUAGUCAAGACGACAGAUACAUGGGUGACAAGUACGUCAACGGUGACGUCUACAGUGACGUUGACGUCGAUGCGCAAGUGCAAGCCUACCAAAUGUACCACCGAUUCAACCAAAGAGACAGAAGAAGGAGGAAAAGAAGAAGAAGAAGUAAAACCAAAUGAUGGGAUGAAAAUAAGAGUUCCUGAUAUGAUUAAAAUAAUGUUGUUGGGAGUGAUUGUUA